GUUCAGUCCGACUUUCGUGACGUUGUAAUUUUUGGUUCAAUCGGCAUAAAAUUGGCAAUUUUAAACUCACGAUAUUAAAAAAAAUAUGUUUAAUUCUGUCAUAAUUUUUUUUACAAAAAUGAUGAACAAGAUUUGCUGUUUCGACCAGUACCAUUUUUCUUAUUGUGUGAUUUUUAUUUAAUAAAUUUCCUUAAUGGCAGUUGAAGCUAUCUAAUCCGUCUUUUACCGUCUGUGCGUAACUCGGAUCCUAGUUCACCUCGCGAUAUGCAUGGGUCGUGUUGUUUCAUUGGCUCUCCGCGAGCUAUAAUUGAUGAUAUUUGUCAAAUCGACCAAUGAGAAGAAAGAUUAUAAAUCGCAGAUUGGAAUGAUACCUGAUUUGCUACAUUUCAUAGUAAACAAAGCAGAGAAUAAACGUUUCUUGGAAUACAACGCAUAUUGUAAAUGGUAAGCGGUAUUUUAAUGAAAAGAAUUCACAUAUAUUUUAAAAAUUCAGUUUUUUUUUCUAUAGAAAUCUUUAUUUAUUGGGCUGAUAUAUUAAACAGGCCGCCCCGGAUCCCCCGGUGGAAAACGACCUCGUUAGUGGCAGAGACUGUGAGGACGGCGACAUCGGCGAGAAAACGACGUCGUCGAACAUCAUCAUGACAAAUAAUGUUCAAGGCAAGAUUUUUUAUGCAUUUUGUCACGUCUAAAUGAUUAUGAUACUGUCAAAUUUAUUUUAUAAGAAUUAUGAAAAUGUACAUGUACAUGAUUGAAUAAGAAAGUCUUUCGAAUUUCCUCGACACAUUAAAAUAUAUUGAAAAGUGUUUUCCAUGGGUAAUAGUAGACAAAAUUAAGCAGUGCGUUUUAAAAUGAUAUAUUAAUGGUUAUAGUAUUUCAAACUUCUGAAUUUGCAUUUCAUGUACACAGAUUUUUUUGCUGCACCUUUUUUUUAAUAUACUUUCAGAAGAUUGUUUGCUGGUCAACAUCUUGAUGAGUGUCACUGCUGGUCAGUGGUCGGUGAGAUAACUAAAUGUAAAGAACUGUAGAUCCAUGUUGGCUGUGAUAUUUGCUGGCAAAUAUCAAACAACCACAAACCAGAUUAUAUUGACUGCUGGACAGUGAACUGGUUUUAAAUAUUAAGGAAUUAAAUAAUUGAAUUUCAUCUUUAUGUCUUUGUUAUGAAAUUGUAGAUGUGGAUAGAAAAUUUCCUACAAAUGGAGAUAUCAUCAGUUGUCUUGUUGAUGGGAGGACAUUUCCUGAAAACUUUAAAGUCCUUAAAACAAAGUAUUCAUCUUCCAAGUGGGAAAAUUGUUCAGUGCGUGUGUUUCACACAAAAAUAUUUAGGCUAAAGGACAAAGUCAAAGAGUUAAAGAAGAACAAAAAUGCAGAGGCAUUAUCAGACCUUCUGAAUCAAAAUUUUGAAUUCCCCAUGCCAAAGGUUGAGAUGCCCAUAUUUGACGAUGACAGAAAAUCUCAAAAGCUGAAUUACCUCGUCAACGAAACAAAACAUGUUGUAUAUGAAAAUAGAAAUCUGAAGCGGGAACUGCUUGAUGAACAAGAGCAUCAAAGGAAUUUAAAUUUACAAAUUUAUCAUUCUGAAAAAAAGAUUGAUAUGUUGUUGAAAGUUUUAGAUUCUUGCACAAUGAAACACCAAAGUGCAUUGUCUAAAACUAAAGAUUUGAAAGUAAUGGAGAAAGAGUGUGAGCAGUGGGGAAAGAAAGUACAAUGAUCUGUCGGAGAAGUUGGAUAAAACUUUAGAAAAUUUUGUUGCUUUGAAAGAAAAGGCUAAGAAACUUGAUGUUCGAAACUCAAACAAGAAAUUGAAAAGAAGAGAUGAGAAAAUAGAAAAUCAGAGAAUUGAAUUGAAUGAUAAGAAUGAGUUGAUAAGGGAGAAAGAAUUAGUUAUAGAACAAAUGAGAGAAGAGAAUGAAAGAAAGGAUGAGCAAGUAGAGAACCUGAAAAAGGAAAAGAGAAAUUUGUUAGUUAAGAUUUGUAGACUGAACAAAAUGCAGAAAGAAAAUUCUGAGUUUGACAAAUUUAUUGCAGAAAAUGAAACAAAAAUUAUGAAUUUUAAACAAGAAAUACUGGCCAAAGAGGAAAAGAUAAUUGAAUUAGAAGAGAUUAACAAUGUUUUGCGGGACUCUGAGAUUACUUGCUUCCAUGAUGGUAAAUAUACCAAUGAGAUACGAGAAACAAUCAUGGCUUUGACAACAGAAUGUGGUGUUAGUUGUAAGAAAGUUAAUCAGGUUAUUCAAACUGUUUUGAAAAAUGUAACAGGUAAGACAUUGUCAAGACUACCAAGUGCUGGUGUCAGGUCAAGGCUGCUUAUUGAAGCAAAACGAAUUGCCCAAUGUCAGGUGGCAGAGGCUAUGAUCAAUUCGUCAAAUAUUGGUGAUCUGACAGGUCAUUGCCUGCAUCAAGAUGGAACAUCUAAGUUCCAUCAGCAUUUUCAGUCCUUCCAAUUGACUACACCAGAUCAUAGGACAUACUCAAUUGGAAUGACUGAAGUUGGUAGUGCUGAUGCAGACACUUUAAUGAAAGCUUUUGAAACUAACAUAUCUGAUCUCUCAAAAUGUUUGAGAAAUGAUGACAAAUGUUUUUCAAAACUUGUCUCCAGCAUCAUAUCCACCAUGUCUGAUCAAGGUGCAACCAACCCAGUUUUCAAUAGACAACUGGAAGAACUACGAGAAAAUCUUCUACCUGAUGUCAUUGAAAAUUGGGAUGAAAUUUCAGAGGUGAACAGACUGGAAAUAGGAAAAGUUUCCUCAUUUUUUUGCAAAAUGCAUGUAUUUGUCAAUAUGGCUAGUGAAGUAGACAAAUGUUUAAAUGUUUUUGAAAAUAAUGUUUGUUUGGGUAGAAAUCCUUAUAGUUUUGAGUGGAAGGAAAGUGGUGCUUCAAGACUGACUAGAACAGUCAGCAAAGCAUUAACAAUGCAUGGCUGUGAAAAGUCAGGGGUGGGAUCCCACUUUUCUACAUACCUAAAAGAUAAAGGUGCAAAAAACAAACUCAUAACAUUUCGAGGUCAUCGGUUUAAUCACCUUAUCUAUGCAGCUGGGGCUACUUACCAACACCUUGAAGAUAUAAAAGUAUUUCUGGACAGUUGGUCAGAUCCAAAUGAUUUACUAAAGAGCAUUUCUUUUGACAUCAAUGAAAAAGCAUACCUAAGCAGUCUCAGAGCUUUAGGCAUUAUUGACAAGGUCAUAACAGGUUCCUUUUGGAGAAUCAUUGAGAGAACAGCAAAUAUCCUGGAUUUAAAUCCUGUGUUACUAAAUUUGAAAUUGAGUUUACAAGAUUUAUCCCAUGAUGCAACACCUCUCUUAGAAGGUCACCCAAUUUUUCCAGAUGAGAAUGUCCAUAAGGAUGAGAUUUAUGAAUCAUUAUUUGAAAACACAAAUGAUCCAGCAUUUGAAAUGUAUACACAAAUGGCUUUAGAGUUAGCUCUGGGUGGCAUGUUGUUGAUACUGGAGAGGCAAGCAAAAGAUCAACUUCCAGGGGGAAUAUUUCAUGAACCAUCUGAAAAUGAUCAAAAAAGAGCCUCUGCUGUACCAACAACAAACACUUGUUCUGAAAUAGAUUUUGCCCAAUUGGAUGUUUUAAUGAGACUUAAGCCAUCAGCAUCAACAACAGCUUAG